GAUAAUUGCAGAGACACCAUUUUGGAUUUAGCAAAAGACAGCCUGUAUCUCGUGCACCAUCUUGAAUUUGUCUGCUAGAUCCCUGGAAAACCUAACAACCAGAAGCCCACUUCAUGUGACCUUCUGCCUAACAGUGAUAACAAAGUCAACUUGUUCCACCACUUACAAGUUGUUAUCACUGUGAGCUUUAUUUUGAAUUAAGUAGUAUUAGAGGUGCAGUCAUUAGAAAAUUUAGAAUAAAAUAUCGGUAAAUAGUUAAAAGAGACCUCCCAAACUAGUAAACCUGCAGAUCUAGAAGAUUUGUAAAAUUUAAUAUACUGACAUCAUUUAGACAUCCGAGUCUCACUAGAAAUACCCACAUUAUUUCCAAAGAGGUCAGAAUUCUUGCCCUCUUUUCCUUCAAUACAUUCCAGAGAGGUCAGAAUCCCCAACAAACAAAGCUGACAGGUUAGAAAUCCUGCGGACAGAUUGAGGAAUCUGAGAUUCAUGAACGGUACCUAUAUUGAAGGAACAAGGUACAGUUACCUUUUUGGAGGAGGCUAGAAGUCAAACAAAGCAAUCAGAACAGGCUUGAUUGGUAUCAGAGGUUACAAGAUUACAGACAGGAGAACAGAUGAGAUAAAGUACAAGGUUGGUUGAUUUUAGAGGUGAAUUGAUCGAUAUUUAAUGACUAAUUUUGUGUCUGAGAAAGAAUAGCAGAUCUCUCUGUUUUAAGCUUUGUUCUUUGUUGGUUAGAUUGGAGGAAUAAAAGAGAGAGGGAUCUGUCUUGGGUCAGAAUGGGUUUGAUUUGAAAAGCUGCUUUCUGAAUUUGUCUUGGAUAAUCCAGCUUGGGGGUUUAUUGGUUAAGAGCUUAAAAGUUCUUAGGAAGUCCAAAAUAAGGGUUUUCUUUAUUUUAAAUUUGGGUGUGCAGAGUUUUGAUGAUGGAUAAACUUGGGGAUGAGAUGAAUAAGGCAGGGGUCUUAUCCACGAGGAAUUCAGCGGAGAAUAUUGAACUCCCAACUGAAAAUUUAGCCAAUUGUGAUGAUAAUUGUGAUCAGUCGUCUGGGACGUUUGGCACUGGGAUUGAGGAUUUUGAGGCUGCAGAGAAAGUGAUCCUCAAAUGGGAUAUUGCUUCUGAGAGUGCAAGUCAAUCCAUGCUCUUUGAAGGGCAAAGAGAGGAGGCUGAAAACUAUCUGAAGAUGGUGGAUGAAGUGCAGAAGCUUAUGGACUCUGCAUCACUGUCAGAGGCCAGUGUGAAUAAAGCACAGAACUUGGUGCAGGUGGCAAUGGCUCGCCUGGAAGAAGAAUUUAGACAGAUAUUGGUUCUUCACAGUGAUCCAUUGGAUCAGGAGCUGGCUUCCGAUCCAUCCUCAAUGGCUUCCUAUAGGUCUAUGGCCUCAUAUAGGUCUAGGACUAGCACUGGCAAUGAAGGGUUUCUAGACAGGGAAUCAAAUAGUUCAGAUGACGAUGAUGAAGGGGCAGAAGAGGAAGAAGUCGCUGUAUCACAUCCUCUGACUGAAGGAAUUUGUGAAAUGGAUUUGAUUCCUCAGGAUGCCAUUCCCGAUCUGCAUAGCAUAGCAGAGAGGAUGGUUUCGGCAGGCUAUUCAAGAGAAUGCAUUCAGGUAUAUGGAAGCAUCAGGAAAUCUAUGGUAGAUGAAAGUCUACAGAGACUAGGUGUUGAGAAGCUCAGUAUUGGAGAUGUGCAGAGAUUGGAUUGGGACAUACUAGAAGGAAAAAUUAAGAAAUGGAUUAAGGCUGCCAAGGUGUGCAUCAGAAUGCUUUUUUCCAGUGAAAAGAGGCUGUGUGAGCAAAUUUUUGAGGGGUUGAGUCCUGUGGGAGAAACUUGCUUUGCUGAGCUUGCAAAGAGUGCAACAAUGCAGUUGUUUAAUUUUAGUGAAGCUAUAGCCAUAAGCAGGAGGUCUCCUGAGAAGCUAUUCAAGAUCCUUGAUCUAUACGAGGCUCUCUCAGAGCUUUUGCCUGACAUUGAGAUUGUUUUCUCAGACGAGAUGUGCUCCAGUGUGAAGACUCAGGCCUCAGAGAUACUAACACGUUUGGGAGAAGCAGGCAGAGGGAUUUUCACAGAGUUUGAGAAUGCAAUUCAGAGAGAGACAUCCAAAACACCUAUUCCUGGAGGUACAAUUCAUCCUUUAACCAGGUAUGUCAUGAAUUAUAUUAAUUUUAUUUCAGAUUACAAAGAGACCUUAAUGAAGCUCAUUGUCAACAAACCCUCUCAGACUUCAAAGUUCCUUCCUGAGGGGCUUAUGGAUUCCAUUGAGGAGUAUGCUAGAGGAUGUGAUUCUGGAAAUCGGUCUUUGUUAUCUCUGCAUUUGAUUUGGAUUACUGUCAUUCUACAACACAACUUAGAGGGCAAGUCCAAACUGUACAAGGAUGUUUCUUUGUCACACCUCUUUAUGAUGAACAAUGUGCACUACAUAGUUCAAAAGGUGAAAAAAUCGGAUCUGCGAGAACUUAUUGGGGAUGACUGGUUGAGAAAGCAUUCAGGUAAGGUGAGACAGUGUGCAACAAAUUAUCAAAGAGCUACUUGGAUAAAAGUGUUGUCUUGCUUAAGAGAUGAGGGCAUUCAUGUGGGUGGAAGCUUUGGUAGUGGAGUAUCCAAAUCAGCUCUCAAAGAGAGGUUCAAGAGCUUUAAUGCUGCAUUUGAGGAGGUGCAUAGGUCUCAGUCUACUUGGAUUAUCCCUGAUCCCCAACUGCGAGAGGAACUUCGCAUAUCAAUAGCAGAGAAGUUGCUACCAGCCUACAGAUCCUUUUUAGGAAGAUUUAGGAACCACUUGGAAAGUGAAAGGCACUCUGAAAUGUAUAUCAAAUACUCACCAGAAGACUUGGAGACUGCACUUGUAGACUUGUUUGAGGGUUCUCAUGUGUCCAUUCAUUUGAGGAGAAGAUCCAAUUAACAUAUUUAAGCAGCAACUUGCAUGUUAGCCGGGGACUCUAUAUCUAUCCUUAUUUAUAAAACCCAUAGAUAGAACAACUUAGAGCUUCCUUUUCCCUUCCUCAAUAGUGACAGAAGGAAUAUUGUACUGAAGUAGAUACCUAUUAUGUUGAAAAGUAAAUUACCUAUCCUUGUUCCAUAGUUGAAGCUCUGUAAAACUUGCCAACAUCCAAAGUUUAGUAGCAUACUUGUCUGAAUGUUAAAUGAUUCCCAGGUUGAGCUCUAGAGUCUGAGCAGUUUUUUAGCUGAAUCCUAAAUAGAUCUCAUUUUGAGAUCUUUACUGUGUCACUCAAAGUGGGUUCAAUAUUAUUGAGUGAAGAAGUUUAUUAGCUGAAUUCUAAUAGGUCUCAUCCUGAGAUCUGAAGAUGGGUUCAACUUUGUUGGUUGAAGUAGUUUCUCAGGAAAAUCCUUGAUAUAUCUGAUCUUGGCAAGGCAAAGUGAGUUCAAUAUGGAUGACUGAGGUAGCUGUAAUUCUUCAAGGGAGAAGAAGUUGGACACAGGCAACUGAUCUCACCACCUCUUGUCAUGUCUAAUAAUCAGCAUCUGAAAAGUGCUGGUCCUGGCAUGCAUGUCCCAUGCACAUUGGUGUUUGGGCAAUAGUUGCUCACAUAAUCUUCAUAAUAUAAUAUGUCCAGAAUUUGCUAUCA